GUCCAAUUUUUUCAUUUCUGAAAGACUGGCAUUUGGUGCCUCUUCCGUAUUACUGUUUAGUGGCAGUGCCACUGUUAAAUUGUCAUAGUGUGCGAUGUAUCAGAUUGCAGUGACUUUAUAUUGGAUUAUGUAAGGAUAUCUUAAAAAUUUCAAGGUCAACUUAGCAGUGGCACUGCAACUAAGCUUCGCACAUUUGAUCGAUAUCGAAUAAAGUUCCUAAAAUGGAGGAAGCGGAGAAUUCAGAUAAUGGACCAAUUCCCAAAAAUGAUGAUCUUUUGAAUUCCCCUGCUAAGUCAUGUGCCUUAUGUGGAUGUUCUACUCCUGCUGUCCGAUGUGAUAGAUGUAGUGGUCAGAUUUUCUGCUUGUCUUGUGAUGAUAUGUAUCAUCGACAUCCUAAAAGGCGGCUUCAUCUUCGUAAGGCUGUGGAUAGUAUCUGGAACUCAGCAAGGUCGCCUCGACUGAGACGCAGAACAGAUUUACCUGGGGAUCCAUCAAAAAUACCUAUUCCACCACCCAGAUCUAAGAAAAGAGAAAGGCAUACUAUAGGGGGAAGAAUGUUUUUAAAACCAAAUCAUGAGCUGGGCUCGUUUGGACAUAGUAAAGUAUUUGAUAUGAGAAGUUUAACUCCGACUUCAAAAGAUGUUUUUGCUGGACCAAAAACUCCUACUAGUAUUGAAGGAACUUAUGAAAAUGAAACUGCUUUUCCAGCACAUAGUGUUGAAGAAAUAAUAAAACCAAAUGAAAUUUAUGAAAAUGAAAGUGUUUCUAUUAAUCAAGGAGAAGCUGUUGGUAAUUCCAAUUCUAUAGUUACAAACCCAUGGAAUGUUCAAAGGACAAAUAUUUCUUCUCCUAUUCAGGUUUCCAUCCCAUCAGGUUCACCUGAUUUAAUGACUAAUGGACAGUCAUUUGGAUACCCAUUGAAGCCUCAUAGCAGAAGCAUUGCUGAUCUUACUGGUGCUCCUGCAAAUCCAAUGGGACCUCAUCCGUAUCAUUUACCUCAUUAUCCAUAUAUGCACCCUCCAGUCCAUCCACCAUUUUCACAUUCUAUGGCACACUUAAAUUGUGCUCAGUGCCUAUCUUCCUCAUGGUCUAACCUAAUGAGCCCUCAUCCUUCUCCUUAUUUCCAUCCUAUGCCAUGGGGUUCUGCACAAGGAAGUCUAACUCGUGGUCAAGCCCCAUCAGCUACUAAUGGAAAUUUGAGACACAGCCAUGGAAGUAUACCAACUUACCCUGAUCCAAAUUUUCAUUAUCCAUAUCCUGGUGGACCUUAUUAUCCAAAUGGUGCUCCUCCUGUUGAUCCUAAUUUUAUGAGAGAUCUGCACCAACAAGCAGAAGAAUCUAAAAUGAGCAAGAGUUCUUCUAAGCGCUCUCUUAAUAUGGAGAAUAUGGAUACAGCUCAGAUUACUACUGAUGCAGAUACUGAAGGUGGCACUACACCUGCGAUCACUCAUCAAGUGAAACCCCCUGCAGAUGAUGAAUUGCCUGCAAUUCCGCCACCUCCUUCUAAACCAUGGUCUUGCAUGCAUUGUACCUUUGUUAAUCCACCCGGAAGUCAUAUCUGCCAAGUUUGCUGCAAGACAAGUUAUAAAACUUCAGCUUCAUCUGAAGAUCAGAAUGAUAGGUCACUACACAGUAGGAACAGUGAUUCACCUAUGGAACUAGUCAAUUUAGAUGCAAUUUCUCAAUCUCCUGAUUUAUCAGAACAUAGAGAAGCACAAAAGGUGAUUUAAAUUAUUUGAAUAGCAAUUUAAAAUGUUUCCACUUAAUUUAUUUUGAGCUCUACAACUUAAUCAUUUGACUGGGAAUGUUUGUUUAUUAGAACUGAAGAGUGUGAGUAAUUUUUUUUAGCAUUUCUUUUAAUGCUAUUUAAGUUUAAAUGGAAAUUGUGAAUGUAUGAUUUGUUAUGUUGUACAGAAUUUUAAUUAUUACCUGCUACUAGGCUUUUGAAAACUUGUUUAAUACUUUAUUAUUGAUUUUUAAUGCACAACUUAUCUUUUCUAUUAAAUCAAUGCCUUUAUAAUAAAAACGAAUCAUAUUGUAUUAUGCUUUAUUGAAAAAAUAAAAUUUGAGAAAAGAA